AUGGCGCGCCCAUCCGUAGAGAUCCCAGAGCAACUCGCGAGCCAGCUCAGCGAGCGACCCACUUUCGAACGUUCCGCCACAGACGGCAAAGACGUCAAGAAUGUCGAGACCGACCCGGAGGUCAACCACCUCACCCAGCACGAGGAGGAGGACGACGACAGGGCGAGUAUCGAAGUCGAGCAGAGUAUCGGUGUGACCAAGAUCGAGGCGCUGUACCUCGUCUUUGGCAAGGGAUGGAAAUUGUGGUUGCUUUGGCUCUCCAUUGCCUUGAUCGCCAACGUCUAUUCUCUCUCCUCCAUGACCACUUACAACUACACUGCCUUUGCCACCUCUUCCUUCGGUGAACACACUGUCCUCGGUACGAUCACUGUCAUCACCGGUAUCAUGGCCGGUGUCGCCAAACCCUUCCUUGCCAAGAUGGCCGACUUGUGGUCCCGACCUCUCGCCAUCGCUGUCUCUGUCUUCUUCUACACUGUUGGCUACAUUGCCAUCGCGGCUUCCAAGUCCGUCUCUGACGUUGCUGGUGGAGAAGUCCUCUACACUCUGGGUAACACCGGUAUCGACUUCCUCGUCACCAUCCUCCUCGCCGACAUCACAUCCCUUCAAUGGCGAGGGGCCAUCGUCGGUAUCUACUCUAUCCCCUACAUCAUCUGGGCUUUCGUCGCCGGUGACAUCUCGACCGGUAUCAGCGCCUACACGAGCGACGGCUGGCGAUGGGGUUACGGCAUGUUCACGAUCAUGGUGCCCAUCUGCAUUGCCCCCGCCCUCAUCAUCCUCUUCUGGGCCGAUAAGAAGGCCAAGAAGGUCGGUGCUUUGUCGCUCGCUUCGUCCACCUACACCCGAGACAUGAUCCUCCGAAAGCAGGAAGCCGCACAGCGAACAUGGUACCAGACCUGCAUCUACUAUGCUCGACAGAUCGAUGCCGUCGGUCUCUUGCUCCUCGGUUUCGCUUUCGGCUGUAUCCUUUCUCCCUUCACCCUCUCCUCGACCGCUUCCAACGGCUACAAGAACCCCUCUUUGAUCGCUUUGCUUGUCGUCGGUGGUGUCUUGUUCAUCUCGUUCUGUCUUUGGGAGUGGAAGGUCGCUUCUCACCCGAUCAUGCCUCGACGAGUGUUCAACAGGACCUUCAUCUGCUGCAUCCUCAUCGACUGGAACUACUACUUCUCCGGGUACCUUUCCGACGCUUACUGGUCUUCCUGGCUCUGGGUCGCUAUGGACUACGACUCCAAGGGUUACACCUACAUGCAGAACAUCCUUACUGUCGGUCUUUGUCUGUUCGGUGCCCUUGCCGGUCUUGUCCAGCGAUACACCCACAGGUUCAAGUACCUCCAGCUUACCGGUCUUGCCAUCCGUGUCAUGUACGUCUCCCUGCCUCUUCCCUAAUCCCCAUUCUGACAUUGCUUCUAGCGGUAUGGGUCUCGGUUUCAUGGCCGUUAACGGACACAUGACCAACGCCGUCGUCGUCUCUUCCCGAGUCCUCAUCUCCCUCGGUGGUGGUAUCUCUGUCGUCUCCUCCCAAGUCGCCGUCCAAGGUUCAGUCCCCCACGCCGACAUGGCCCUCGCCAUGGCCAUUCUCUCCCUCUGGACCUCUAUCGGUGGUGCUAUCGGUUCCGCCAUCGCUGCUGCUGUUUGGAACCAGCGUGUGCCCCACUUCUUGAGCGAGUACGUUGGUGAUUACUACAAUGCGACCGAGUUGGCCGAGAUCUUUGGGUCUAUUACGGUCGCUAGGACUGCUGAGCCCAGGGCUUUGAUCAUCGAGGCGUACAACGACGCGAUCCACCCCCUCAUGCUCGCUGCUCUCCUCACAUCCAUGCUCUCCCUCAUCUUCGGUGCCUUCACCACCAACUUCUACCUCGGAGAGCACCAGAACGCUAUCGAGAAGAAGGUCAUUGCCAUGCGCCCUGCCGAGGAGACGGAUGAGCAGAUAGUAGCGAGAAAGGCGGCGGAGAAGGAGGCGGAAAUUGCUGCGAGGUUGGGUGCUGAGCAUGAGAAGACUCAUACUUUGGAGCAGUAAGAGUUGGGUUUUAUAGGGCACUUUCAUAUUUUUUGGUUUCUACACAACUAUUAGGCAUAUUUCAAAGCCAUCAUAGAGUAUAAUUUUGUUGCGACUUUCGAGAGACAAAUGCAUCGUUCGUUCUCAUACGA